CCAGGGGGCGCGUUGGGGCCGGACCGCAGCGGCCCCGCGCCUUCCGUCCCCGCCGCCCACCCCGCGCGCAGCCGCCGCUCGCGGAGCCGCCCGCAGGCCCACCCGCCGCCCUCCGCCGCCCCGCGCCCGGCGCCAUGCCCAAGAACAAAGGUAAAGGAGGUAAAAAUAGACGACGAGGUAAGAAUGAGAACGAAUCAGAAAAAAGAGAACUGGUGUUCAAGGAAGACGGGCAAGAAUACGCCCAGGUGAUCAAGAUGUUAGGCAAUGGAAGACUGGAGGCAUUGUGUUUCGAUGGUGUGAAGAGGUUAUGUCAUAUCAGAGGGAAACUAAGAAAAAAGGUUUGGAUUAAUACAUCAGAUAUUAUACUGGUUGGCUUAAGAGACUACCAGGAUAACAAGGCUGAUGUUAUUCUAAAAUAUAAUGCAGAUGAAGCCAGAAGUCUGAAAGCAUAUGGGGAACUUCCAGAACAUGCUAAAAUCAAUGAAACAGACACAUUUGGUCCUGGAGAUGAUGAUGAAAUCCAGUUCGAUGAUAUUGGAGAUGAUGAUGAAGAUAUUGAUGAUAUCUAAUUUGGAACAGAGGUUUACAUUCCAACUUUCUUCCUCCAAGGAUUGUUCUACAUUGAUAUUUUGAUUAUUUUUUGGGUGAAGUCCCUUUCUUUUAAGAAGACUGAAAAUUCUCGGUAAAGAGUGUAGUUUGUUACAUCAAAAGGAUUUAUUUUCAAUGUUUGUUUUAAAGUAUUUAUAUUUCUUUAGAGAUGGAUAAUGCUGGAUUAUCACAAAGGCUAAAUGAAUUGCCACAAAUAUUUUGUCUCUUCACCAAUUAGAGCUUUUACCUCUGGAUGUAAGUGAGAUACAGUGACGUGGGCUGUAAAAGACUGCAUUUUUCCCUCUUCUGCUUUCAUCACUACAAUGCAGUUAAUCUUGUAUUUUGAAAUAAAAGUUGUUUACCCUGUAAUUAUCAUGGAUUUUGAUUAAAUACCCAGUUCAGAUUAGUAUCAAAACAUACUAUGCAGUGUCUGUCCUUAUACCCCUUGCCUUGAUGUUAACUUUAAAAAGAUUUUGAUAAUGUAAAAGGAAGGCAGAAAACUGCAUUUAAAUUCAUAAUGCGUGAAUCUGCUUUUCAUGUCUACUAGCAUGCUGCUAUUUUUAUACUGAUUUUGAUAAUUAAAAACACUCAUUAUUUCGAAGAUGUAAAUUUGCCACAGUGGAGAGGUAGAGAGAAGAAACAAUGAAAAGUAAGCAGCAUCUCAAAUUUGCAGUUGUUAAAAACUGUCUUGUAUGCAUAGCUCUUCUGUAUUUUCAGUAGUUAAGCUGCAGUUGCAGAAGAUGAACACUGGGUGGCACCCAACUUAACAGGGAUACCUUAAUACAAAACAUUAGCAGUUGGGUUUGUACUGAAAAAUACGUAAAACAGUUUUUCCCCCAAAGUGAAUGCUUAACAUUCUUGAUAUGUUAAACAUGUAGAAUAUUUUUACAUUAUAGAAAAGGUUAUGUUAAAGAGUAGAGUUUUAUUUUAAUCUUAAACUCCAUGCAGUGUAAGGUACAACAUUAAAGUUUAUGUGAACUUUGAAUAACGAUAUAAAUGAGAAAUUACACUUGUGUCAAACGUAGGAAAAGAAUCUUUUCAUCCAGGAUGAAUCACUGAAACAAAUUAAUGGAAAGAUUCUUCUCCACCUUUGGACUGGAGGAGUCAGUCAAAAAGCUGAAUAAAGACUAACAUCAUCAUGCAAAUAUUACUUUGUGGUAGCCUUAGUUUGUCUUCAAUUAUGUAUUUAACAACUCUGAAAGCAGGUUAAUGCAAAACUUCCUUUUGUGCCAUAAAAAUCUGAUUCUUGACACUUGUAUUCGUUAUACAGUCUUUUUGGUAUGAUGUAAAGUGACUACCCCAAUAGAUAAAAACAAAAUGGCUUUAAA